AAGAGGAGGAGGUGGAGGAGAGCAGUGAGGAGGAGGAAGAGCAACUAACUCCUGAAGAAUUAGCCAAAAAGAAGCAUUUUCAAAUGAUGAGGAAGAUGCACUACAACGAGGGCCUGAACAUAAAGCUGGCUCGCCAACUCAUCGCCAGUGAGCUCGAAGAUGACGAAGACGAGGAUGAAGAGAUGAGGGAUGACACGGAGGAAACAGAAGAGAUCAGUGUUGACCCCCCACAGGAUGCGGAUUCUUUGGACUCGUAAAUGGAGACGGAUUUUCCCCCUUCAGCUCCGUAUUCCCACUCAAGACCCAGUUAGACUGCUGUUUCCAGCGCUGAGCUGUACAGCAAACACCUCUUCUUUCCCCACAUCUUUCAAUAGCCAAGUAACAUAUCUGUCAGCUAUCGUGUCUCUUCUAUUCUGUCAAUUUUUUUUUUUCAAUAUAACCUUCAGAAACAUCAUAGAGGUUGCUUGUCCUUCUUCGCUCACCUCUUCUGGACUGAUGUUGCACUGAAGAACAUGUGAUCCUGAUUCCACAAGAAGGAUCAAGGCCUUCAAAAUAAAAGAACAAAACAAAGAUUUUAUGGGGAUAAUUAUUACUCUAGUUUGGCUGAAUCAGCACGUCAGUCCUGGAAAAGGCCUGGGGAAACCCCACGACAUAACUGAGGCAUGACAGCAGUGUUGUUCUUGGCUGCAUUUGCAUUUUUUUUCCCUUGAAUAUUGUGUAACUUUUGCUCUAAGGCCCGCCCUUCUGGUGCAUUUGAUUAUCACCAAAAGCUGUAAAAAAUGUUUUUUUUCCUCUCAAAUCUUUUUAAUGCUGUUAACAAUCCUAUCUCUAUCUUAUAUUGGCAUGAUAAAAUAAUUAGGUAAGAACAUAUUUAGCCCCAUAUUUCUAACUGCAUAAUACCCUCAAUAAAAUGCUGCCUUAUGAAUAAAACUAUUUUAAUCUGCUUGACUUCAUUGCUGCCCUGCAAUGAAAAAAACAAUGAAAGUCUUAAUAUAUAUUUAAAAAUCUCUGUUUUUUUUAAUGACAUCAAAUCAGUUUCUAUAGUGAGGAUUUGAUGUUGACAGAUCAAAUCACAGGAAACGGUUGGGAAGCACUUCCUGUUGUGUUCCGCCAUGUUUUUUAAAUAACUUCAUUUCAUUCUGGGUUCCCCAUCAGCCAAUUUUCCCCCCAAAUUUGUCACAUUUGUAUCAUACUAGAAUUAAAAUUUAUUUUCAUACUUCUCAUAAACUGAAAGAAUAAUAGUGACAAAGCUUUUUGUGUUUCCUGUUAUUUUAGUUUCAAAUAUCGUGUACGGAAGUAUUGCUGCUGGGGUUUUAUGAUGUGCUACUGAUCAAAACAUUUGUCUAACAAGACUCCAGCACAUUUUGUGCUUGUUCUUAAACCCAUUCGAGUUCAUCCGCACAGACAGGUGUGUAGAGGAUGUCUCACCUGGCUUCAUUUGGAUGAAGGAUGCUGCUUGAAAACGUCAUGGAAAGAAGCAUGAAUUGAUGCUACUGAUUUACUUUAAAGUGGGCGUUAGCGGAGACCACUAGAGCUAGAACCGCGUCAAUGAUUUCUUUAUCUUAAUUUAAUUGUUUUUUGCACUGUUUGGGAAUCCUACCAGUGUUAAGAGAGUCUAUAAAUGUACUGAAUGAUGGAGUGCAUAAUGCUUGUGUGUUUUUCCUCUUCAUCUUCCAUUUCUGUGUUCAGAAUCAUUGAGGUUUGUAUUGUAGAAAGGUCGAUGACAACCAACAGUUUGACUUCUAAUAUGCAUUUUUUUAGGCAAAGGAAACUCGAACUGUUUUCACCAUCCUAUUGAAAUUGUGUUGGAUUAAAGGAAACAUCAAACCCGCAAAUGUUUUUUACUUCUCUUCACCUUUUCUGUCCAUAUAUAUGUUUGUAUAUAUCGUCAGAAAUGGUGACCACAUUUGUCCUGAGGAUGUUUUUCUUGUUAAUUAUUAUAUUAGUUGAAACCAGGACUGAUGUCAUCACCCUGUAGGUGGUUAUUACCUGUCAAAUGUGCCUCUAAUGUAUUUACUUACGCGUAAAGUAAGGAAGUCGAUCAUACAGAGUAAUACUUUGCCUCUUGUCUCCUUGUUUUACAUCACUUUUGUCCUUUUUGGUUUGUUUUCUAAGCCUGAUCGACUGUUAGGCAGCCGCGUGACAAUGCUCAGUGUCUCAAAAUGUCACAACAGUCUGGAUGUCCAAGCCAUUUUUGUUUCUUUAUCUCUCUUUUGUAUUUCCAGUUCGCAUGUUCUAAAUCAUCCAAAUGUUUGUAUUAAGUUUUGCCUACUGUCAUUAAAAAUAUGUUCUUAGAA